AUGAUUGCUUUUGCAUUACCAAAUAAUACUGAUCAUUUGGCACUGCUCAACUUCAAGGAGUCCAUAUCUUCUGACCCUUAUGGAAUCUUACUCUCUUGGAAUACUUCUAUUCACUUUUGUAACUGGCAUGGAAUCACAUGCAAUUCCAUGCUUCAACGAGUUACAAAGUUGAAUUUAGAAGGAUACCAAUUGAAGGGAUUCUUAUCUCCACACAUUGGAAAUAUCUCAUACAUGACAAACUUCAACAUCAUGAACAACAACUUCUAUGGGGAAAUCCCACAAGAAGUUGGACGAUUGUCACAAUUGCAGAAACUCUUCAUCGGAAAUAACUCAUUUGUAGGAGAAAUUCCUACAAAUUUGACAGGUUGCACUGAUCUCACUAUCUUAUACUUAUUUGGAAACAAUUUGUUUGGUAAAAUACCAAUCCAAAUUGGCUCAUUUAAAAAACUUCAUAGUUUGAAUGUUGGGAAGAACAAGUUAACAGGAGGAAUCUCACCUUUCAUAGGGAAUGUUUCAUCCCUGAUUUAUCUCUCCGUGCUUGUGAACAACUUAGAGGGAGAUAUUCCUCAACAGAUAUGCAAUCUCAAAAGCUUGGCAUUUGUAUACGUGAGUGCGAACAAGCUGACUGGAACAUUUCCUUCUUGUCUCUACAAUAUGUCGUCUCUCACUGAUAUUGCAGCAUCACUAAAUCAAUUCAAUGGCUCUCUUCCACCCGAUAUGUUCUACACUCUUCCCAAUCUCCGGUUAUUUGUAAUUGGUGCCAAUCAAAUUUCAGGUCCAAUUCCAUAUUCCAUCACAAAUGCAUCCAUCCUUUCAUCACUUCAGAUCUCUGGAAACUAUUUCACAGGACAAGUUCCAAGUUUGGGGAAGCUACAACAUCUAUCAUUCAUUUCUUUGGAAAACAACAGUUUAGGUGACAAUUCAUUUCAUGAUUUAGAAUUUUUAAAAUCCUUGACAAACUGCAGUAAGUUGCAACAUUUGGCUAUGUCUCUCAAUAAUUUUGGAGGUCAUUUGCCCAAUUCCAUGGGCAAUUUAUCCACCCAACUCACUCAACUAUAUCUGGGAGGCAAUCACAUAUCAGGAGAAAUUCCUACAUCGCUAGGAAAUUUAAUUGGCUUAAAUCUCUUGAUGAUAGAACAUAACAACAUUAGUGGGACUAUCCCAUCAACUUUUGGGAAGUUUCAGAAAAUGCAAAAGAUGUCAUUGGGUGCAAACAAACUGUCAGGAAAAAUAGGAGCCUUCAUGGGCAACCUUAGUCAAUUGUUUUUUUUGGGCAUGGAACAAAAUAUGUUACAAGGAAAUAUUCCUCCAAGUAUAGGAAACUGCCAAAAGUUACAAGAACUGGAUCUUUAUCAAAACAACCUUACUGGAACCAUACCCUUGGAGAUCUUCAAUCUGUCAUCUCUAACUUACUUUUUUGAUUUGAGUCAAAACACUUUGAGUGGUAGCAUACCAGAAGAUGUGGGGAAUCUAAAACACGUCGAUUAUCUAUCUCUGGCUAACAACUAUUUGUCUGGUCACAUUCCUAGUACUAUCGGGGAAUGCAUAAUGUUGGAGUACCUCUUUUUGCAAGGAAAUUCCUUAGAAGGAAUCAUACCAUCUUCUUUGACAUCACUCAAAAGCCUUCAAGGUUUAGACCUGUCACAUAACCACUUGUCCGGAUCAAUUCCUAAUGUUCUGCAGAACAUUCCUUUAUUACUAUAUUUCAACCUAUCUUUUAACAUGUUGGACGGUGAGGUACCAACUGAAGGUGUCUUUCGAAAUGUAAGUGCGUUAGACGUGACUGGGAAUAUUAAGCUCUGUGGAGGUAUCUCAGAACUGCAUCUACCACCAUGUCCUGUCAAAGCUAAGAAACUUGCUAAACACCACAAGUUUAGGUUGAUUGCAGUGAUAGUUAGUGCGGUUGUUUUUCUUCUCAUUCUGUCAUUUAUUUCAAUGAUCUGCUGGAUGAGAAAAGGGAAGAAAUCAUCAUUUGAGUCACCAACAAUUGACCAACUGGCUAAAGUUUCAUACCAAAGUCUGCACAACGGAACCAAUGGUUUCUCAACUACAAACAUGAUAGGUUCUGCAAAUUUUAGCUCUGUCUACAUAGGAACUCUCGACUUAGAAGACAAAGUUGUUGCCAUAAAGGUCCUAAACCUUCAAAGUAAAGGAGCUCACAAGAGUUUCGUUGCUGAAUGCAAUGCACUUAAAAAUGCUAAGCAUCGAAAUCUGGUUAAGAUUUUGACGUGUUGUUCUAGCACAAAUUACGAAGGUCAAGAAUUUAAAGCUCUAGUUUUUGAGUACAUGAGAAAUGGAAGCUUGGAGCAAUGGCUGCAUCCUACAACAUUAAAUACAGAGCAUCCGAGAACAUUGAGCCUUGAUGAAAGAUUGAAUAUCCUGAUUGAUAUUGCUUCUGCAUUACAUUAUCUUCAUCAUGAAUGUGAGCAAUCGAUCAUUCACUGUGACUUAAAGCCUAGCAAUGUCCUGCUUGAUGAUGACAUGAUUGCUCAUGUCAGUGAUUUUGGCAUAGCAAAACUUCUCUCAACCAUUACUAGCGAAACUUCUAAGCAAACAACUUCAACUGGAAUAAAAGGGACGGUGGGUUAUGCUCCCCCAGAGUAUGGAAUGAGCUCUAAGGUGUCUAUGAAUGGCGACAUGUACAGUUUUGGAAUUCUUAUGUUGGAAAUGUUUACAGGAAGGAAACCCACAGAUGAAAUCUUUGAGGAUGGUCAAAAUUUGCAUAAUUUUGUGAAAAUUUCAUUUCCUAAUAACAUUUUACAGAUUUUGGACCCGUCACUUGUAGCAGAACAAGGACAAGCAACACCAGGAGAAGAAAACACUCAGAAACUUACUACAACCAUUGAAAAGCACUUCAUUUCAGUCAUUAGAAUUGGACUUGCAUGCUCAGUAGAGUCCCCAAACGAAAGAAUGAAUACGGUGGAUGUCUCUAGAGAGCUAAACAAAAUCAAAAGAGUUUUUUUGGCUGGUAAGAUAAAUGGAAAAUGA